AUGCCUCCCGUUGGAGGAGCCUCACGGGCUUGGCUUAGAACAGUCUUCGCUAUUGACAAUAAGGUCCUCUCCACUCUACCUGGUCCGCCGCCUGUUUUUCUUUGCCCAUUGGUGUUGCGAACCUCGACUAUAGCAGCAUUAACGCAGCCGCCACGACAAUCUGGGAAUUGGCCACGGGCUUUACGCGGACGUCGAUACAUAUCCGGGUUAUCCGCUGCGGCUGUCGACACUAUACCAAAAACUCUUGGAGACAUCUCAUCGGGCGCAACACCGGAGGAAGGUUCAUCGGGAACCAGAGUGCCAAAACGGUUGCCCAGUCAGUGCCCGGGGUGUGGUGCAUUUUCACAAACGACACACGCCGACCAGCCAGGGUUUUAUGACCUUGGACGGCAAUCGACAAUGGUAUACCUAGGACUUCAUCCCAGGAAUACUCCACGCGUACGCAAAGAAGAUGUGGUAGUCCAGGAAGCACUGCGCUGGUUGGAAGUCGAAAACGGAUACGAGGAUGCCCGCUUCAACAACCUCUUGCGCCAACAAGAAGGGGGAUCGAAACAUACCGGUAUUACAGCUGCCCGUCAAGAUGAGAAUACAACGAUUCUGUGUGUCCGCUGCCAUGAUCUACUCCACCACGGCUCUGGUACUCCAAUUCACCACCCAGAUAUCAAUGCCAUUCGCGAAACUAUUGCCGAAUCCCAUUACAAGUAUAAUCAUGUAUACCACGUUCUUGACGCCGCCGACUUCCCCAUGUCACUCUUGCCACGGAUAAAUAACCUUCUUGACACUAUGCCAUUACGUUCACGCAACCGCCGGUCGCAAUCUGGCAAGUUCUUUGGCAGCCGUCUAACGGAACUCAGUUUUGUCAUUACACGGUCAGACCUUUUUGCACCACGGCGAGACCAGGUAGACAGGUUAAUGCCUUGGAUCCGGGACACUUUGCGAGAUGCACUUGGUCGUCUUGGCCGCAGGGUGCGCCUUGGCAACGUGCAUUGCGUUAGCGCCCGACGCAACUGGUGGACAAGCGAGCUCAGAGAAGAAAUAUGGAAACGAGGCGGCGCGAACUGGCUUGUUGGGAAAGCGAACGUUGGUAAGAGCUAUUUGGUACAUCACGUUUUCCCAAAGGGCCGCAUGGACGCUGUGGAAGACAAGAAGCCGCUUCUCCUCAUGCGGAAGUCAAACACUGGUCGGUAUGAUUUAUAUUCUGGUCAUACAGGCGAGGCUGGACUUUACGAUGCAAGUCGCGAUACGGACCUUGAUAGCAGCACUAACGAGGAAACAUUACUACCCCCAAGACCGCCCGAGACCAACUAUCCGCAAAUGCCAGUGGUUUCUACGCUACCUGGCACGACAGCGUCGCCCAUUCGCAUCCCAUUUGGAAGCGGGAAAGGCGAACUGAUCGAUCUUCCUGGCCUGGAACGAACAGCUCUAUUUGACUAUGUGGAAGAAAGUCACAAGAACUCUCUUGUCAUGAAGACUUAUGCAAAGCCAAAACAGAUCGUUCUUAAGGGCCCCUGGCAGUCACUCUUACUCGGAGGAUUCAUCCGCAUUACCCCGCGAACUCCGAAUCUCGUUUUUUUGGCGUACAACUUUUCCCCCUUGCGAGAGCACAAGACGAUGACUGAAAAGGCCAUAGCCAUCCAGACACAGACAAGCGAGCUGAAUGUGGAAAACAUUGCUGUUGCUAACGCAGCGGAAAAUAUCUCACUCGCCGGGUCCUUCCAGCUAAAAUACGACGUUACCAAGCUUCGUGCUGGCCCAAUCACACGAAAAGAUGCGGCUAAUAUCCGUGUCGAACGCCUUCCAUACCGGGUCGUAUCCCUUGACCUCUUAAUCGAAGGCUGUGGCUGGGUCGAAAUUGUAGCGCAGGUGCGCACCCAGGAUUUGUUCUCUGAAAGAACGAGUAGACGGCCGGAGGCGAUGGCCGAGACACAGGCAACCAAUACGACUGAGAUACUUCAGACGCUUGAUCUCUCCGAACCCGAAGUGGCCGAGCACACCGACACCAUAAUGGACACAGGCGAGACAGUCGGCGAAAAGGAAAGAAAGGCUGGGGGUCACCAUGGUCAAAUUCAAUGGCCCAUCAUCGAUGUCUACAGUCCCGGUGGGAAGUUCGUCGGAUCACGAAGGCCACUUAAUGCAUGGCUCCUAGCUCAGCCGAAAGCAUCAACCAAAAGAAAGAGAACGCGCGCUCGACCGAAAAUGAGCCUCAAGGGUGCAAAAAAGCGAGAUAAGGCUUCGAUGCGUGCAUUAGGUCAGUGA